UCUUUAUCUCUGUCCUCGACAUCCCUCUUCCGCCCCUCCUCUAUGCCGCAUAGUCUGAUUAGAAAGGCUGGUCCAACGGCGGUGGAGACUGGCGCUGUCCUGAGAGGGAGGGCUCGAUGCGGAAGAGAUGAAUCGGACAAAAGGUGAUGAGGAGGAGUAUUGGAACAGCUCAAAGUUCAAGGCUUUCACCUUUGAUGAUGAAGAUGAUGAGCUCUCUCAGUUAAAGGAAUCCAAGCGGGCAGUGAAUAGCCUUCGAGACUUCGUGGAUGAGGAUGAUGAUGAUGACCUGGAGAGAGUCAGCUGGAGUGGGGAACCUGUGGAGAGUAUCUCAUGGUCCAUCAAAGAGACUGCUGGUAAUAGUGGGUCAACCCAUGAAGGGCGUGAACAGCUGAAGAGCCGAAACAGUUUCUCCUCUUAUGCACAACUACCCAAACCUUCUUCUACCUACUCUCUGAGCAGCUUUUUUAGGGGGAGAACUAGACCUGGAAGUUUCCAGUCCCUUUCUGAUGCUCUGUCGGACACACCUGCCAAAAGCUAUGCUCCAGAGCUGGGGAGACCCAAAGGGGAAUACAGGGAUUACAGCAAUGACUGGAGCAUCAGUGACACCGUGCGACGCCUACGGAAGGGGAAGGUCUGCUCACUAGAAAGAUUCCGCUCAUUACAGGACAAGCUACAACUCCUAGAGGAAGCAGUAAGCAUGCAUGAUGGAAACGUCAUUACCGUAGUGCUCAUCUUCCUGAAGAGGACACUGAGCAAAGAGAUCCUCUUCCGGGAGCUGGAGGUGCGACAGGUUGCCCUGAGACAUUUUAUUCACUUCCUUAAGGAAAUAGGGGAUCAAAAGCUGCUUUUAGAUCUCUUCAGGUUCCUAGAUAGAUCAGAAGAGCUUGCGCUAUCCCAUUAUCGAGAGCAUUUGAAUAUUCAAGACCCUGAGAAACGAAAAGAAUUUCUUAAAACAUGCAUUGGUUUGCCAUUUUCAACAGAAGACUCUGUACACAUUCAAGACCAUUAUACGCUCCUGGAACGUCAGAUCAUCAUUGAGGCAAAUGAUCGACAUCUAGAAUCAGCAGGACAGACUGAGAUCUUCCGGAAGCAUCCUCGCAAAGCUUCCAUCCUCAACAUGCCACUAGUGACAACGCUUUUUUACUCCUGCUUCUACCAUUACAUGGAGGCUGAGGGGACAUUCAGCAGUCCCAUCAAUUUGAAGAAGACAUUUAAGAUCCCAGACAAACAGUAUGUGCUGACAGCCCUGGCUGCUCGCGCCAAACUUCGAGCCUGGCAUGAUGUAGAUGCCCUCUUUACCACAAAGAAUUGGCUGGGCUACACCAAGAAGAGAGCACCCAUUGGCUUCCAUCGGGUUGUAGAAAUUUUGCAUAAGAACAGUGCCCCUGUCCAGAUAUUACAGGAGUAUGUUAAUCUGGUGGAAGAUGUAGACACAAAAUUGAACUUGGCCACCAGGUUUAAGUGCCACGAUGUCGUCAUUGAUACCUGCCGGGAUCUCAAGGAUCGUCAGCAGUUGCUAGCAUACAGGAGUAAAGUAGAUAAAGGAUCUGCAGAGGAGGAGAAGAUUGAUGCCAUUCUCAACAGCUUGCAAAUUCGAUGGAAGAAUUAAGUGGUAUCAGCUACCCUGAAACCUGCCUCAUUUUUUCCUUUCCUGCCUAUGAAAGAAGAGAGAGCUCUUAUUUGGGAGAGUUAAAGCAUCACAUUGCUUAGACCCAUCAUCAGCAGGCAUUACCUGAUAUUGGGACAGAGACAAGCAGCUGGGCAUAGAUAGCUUCAGACUGAUCUUCUGUCCAAGGAACAUCAUGAAGAGGCCAAGAUCUAAAGCUUUGACUCAUGAGAGAGACUCUCUCCACCUGGUGCUCACAUGAUGGUGGGAGUGAUUUCUAGAUUGGGCCCAUAUUGGGCAAGAUCUCUCUUGAUCUAAGAAAAGUGACUGCUCCAGAAAAGAGGACUCUCAGACUAAGAGGUACAGGGUAUCAUAAGGUGGCCACUCCAUUCCUCUCAGAUUGUGAUGACCUUGGACUUGGUGCUGGACCUUGGCAGUUCUUCUCUAAAUGAAGUCAGAACAGAACCAAAAUAACCAUAGCCCAUUGGCCUCAGGAAGGAAUGGCAGUGUUGCCCAGGACCUGCUGUGGACAAGCUCACACCAGACUGCACAUGGUCCUUCACAUUAUGAUGAGAUUGCCCAGAUGUUGUGUUUCUUUAGCCACUGCCCCUCUGCUUUCUCAGUCUCCCAUCUAUCCAGGAACUUGAGGUUUCUCUCACCUGCAUAUUGAGCUGACCUUGUGUGGGUGAUAAGAACCACCCCCUUCUCCUUUCCUCUACUUCUCCCACCCCAGACUGACAACCUUAUAGGGAGCUCAGAUUCAGCAGUGCUGGCAAGCUCUCCCUAUUUGUAAAAUCUAAUUAUUUCGCCAGGAACUUCCAAAAGUUUCACCUGGGCUAACCUCAGCAGCUAUUUCUGACCUUCAGGGUAUAAAGAUGGAGGUUGUUUUGUUUUCAUACUUGGUUUUUAAGAGGAUAUCCUGUAAUGCUAGAUUCUUGCCCUCUACUAAUAUUAGACUCGCUUCUCUGACUGAGCUGGGUUUACCUGACAUGCUAGACUUCUAAUAAAGCUGUUUCUUCCUUGGUG